UUUGAAGAUGGCAAACAAUGGUGUUCCCUUCCAAGUUCCAUUGCUCACUAAGAGCAACUAUGACAAUUGGAGUCUUAGGAUGAUGGCUAUUUUAGGAGCACAUGAUGUGUGGGAAAUAGUCGAGAAAGGCUUCAAUGAACCGGAGAAUGAUGGUGGUCUAUCUCAAACUCAAAAGGAUGGUUUGAGAGAUUCAAGGAAGAGAUACAAGAAGGCUCUCUGUCUAAUCUAUCAAGGAUUAGAUGAAGAUACAUUUGAAAAAGUUGCUGGUGCAAGGACGUCCAAAGAAGCAUGAGAGAAGCUUCAGACAUCUUACAAGGGAGCGGAA